CAUUCUUUUUUAUACUAAACUUGGAAGAGAGAGAAUGUCAGACAUUGUAAAAGUUAUGGAACAAUUCAUUCGAGAGACUAGGUAUCCCAAUCUAGUCAGUUUCUGCGACCAAAACCGUGAAGAAGUCAAAAGCUUCAUACAGCACUUUGAAACGCAUGCUGUGGCAAAAGCUAAUUUACAGCAUAAGCUAAAAACGGCUUUUUUUAAUGUCAAGGGCAAAAGAAAGAGAGGGCCUUGUGUGGAUGUAGAUCUACUUACUCUUUUUUCCGAAGCUAAGGCGGAAAGCAAUAUAGCAGCAGAAGGCUGGAACACGUUAAGCUCAUCUGUAACAAACGUCAGUCGCACAGUAAGAGACAGAUUGGAGAACAACGAUGAAGAACAUGAUGCCGCCCUAGAUGAAGAAAAUCAAGUUAGACAGCCUGAUGAUGACAUAAUACUUAGUGGUAUAAACGUUUCAGAUCGGUUUAAGCUUUAUCGUCAACAGUCGCAAGAAAGGUCAGAACAAGCUGGUUUUCACGUUGAUGCUGACCUUCAUCAACUGGCAGCAUUGCGAAACGUCAUCUUGCUGAAAGAUAACGAAUAUGCUGAUAGUCAAGUCAACUGUUUCGGACUUGAAACACUUACAAUGUUGCAUGAAACGUUGCUUGACAAAUACCUAAACUGCCAAAUCACGUUUGAAACUAAGAUAUUUAAUGAGAUAACUUCUGUUUUGCGUGGGCUUUCCGUGAGGACGGAGAGAAGGAAGAUUAAGCAGCUUAUCAACGACAUUGCCAAAGAGGCAAGUGAUGAAGACGAUAAAUUAAUCGACAUCAUCAUCAACUGUCUGAACAAGCUGCCUAAUCAAGAACGAUUGGGUGAUGACGUGGGAGAGUCGGAGCUAAUCGGAACUUAUUUGGACCCAGUUUUAAGCCCAAUUUUCCAUCGUCCAGAAGAAAAUAGGCAUUUUAGGUGGCUGAACGUCUGUCUUCCUGACACCGAAUCACAAAGACCCGACGGCAAUAUAUUCCAAGCAGAGCAACGAAGGAUACAUUUUUCAACUGGGUAUGUGGAGGUUAAGCCCGACAAAAGUCGCUGCCAAACCCGCAUAACCCAUGAAGACACCCUAAGGCUAGUGAAUUUUUGCAUGGACACGCUCGUUAAGAACAACGUCAAGUCCAUGAUUGCUGUACAAGCUGUUGGAUACCAUGUUUCCGUGUAUCUCGUGUCACCUGAAACAAUUGACGUCUGUGUCAUGGUUGAGCUAUUUUCUUUCAACGUUCCAAAAUGCAUUUCCGAGCUGCCUUCCCUCAUCAUGCAUUUUGAUCAAUUGAAACGAAUCAUGGUUGCCCAUGAAACUCAUUGCGUUUUAUCGAAUACAAGAAAAAGACUCGCCGUGGACCAGCCUUCGUAUUCAGACAUGAUGAACGUAAAGAAACCUAAGAACAUUCGCCCAUCUCUGGCGUUCAAGUAACUAAAAAAAACCAUCUCUCUCUGUCUCUGUCUCUGUCUCUG